UUCAUUUUAUGGUUGUGUGUGAGUAUCACGAAAAUCAUGUUGACUUUUAAGCUCUACUACUUAUGGAUUAUAUAUUUCUAUCUAACUUUCCUCAAUGGAUUACUAGGAUCCUCGCCAUCAUUUGUGUGUAAAGAAGCUCAGCAGUCGUCUACCAACGGAUCUUUUAAUGCCAAUCUUGGAUGCGAUGAAGACAUUAAUACCUUCUCUCUGACCAAUGAUAGGAUUAACCAGUCGUGGUCUGUUGAACUGGAAAACACUGAUAUCAUUAAAUAUUUCUUUGUCAUCGUUGGUACUGCGGAAUAUCAAAUGUAUGUUGUACAUAGUGAUGGUAUAAAGUCUUCGAAGCAUAUGUGUAUACCAGAAGGAAGUAAUCGAAAAUCAUAUCAACAAUUGAUGACAUGUGAAUAUCCUGAUGUUGUCACUGGGAAGGGGAAUAGAAUUAUUAUUCGUCAAAUAGGAAAUGGACCAUUGAAACUAUUUGAAGUUAAACAUUUCGGAUUUUCUCGUUUAAGUAAAACAAUGAUACUAAAUCAUACGGAAUUUCUGGAACCAAUUUCCAAAGCCUUAGAUAGGGACAUAGUCACAUAUUACAAUUCAAACGAAGAUUACCAGGCAUCUUGGUUCCUGAAACUGGAUAAAAACUAUCUGAUGAAAUGGAUACUCGUAUCAAUCAGAGGAGGGAAUUAUGACGUAUACGUUAAAGAUGGUGGCCAAACAACCAAUCCGUCCACAUUGUGUCGGAAUUUCAGUUUUACUGGACCAAAUUACUUAAAGAGAAACAACAAAGCUUUGGAAUGCUACAGAGAAAUGACAGGGGAUACAAUUGUAAUAAAACGAAGAGAUGAUACAUCAAUGAGGAUUUUUGAGGUGUACCCCAUAAUUUGUCCUGAAAACCACUACGGACCAGACUGCGCUAAAUGCAAAGCAGAGUGUAUAUCCUGUAGUCCUAUAACUGGUGUAUGUUACCAAUGUCAUGGGCCGUUCUACGGGGAUUUCUGUCAGCACACAUGCCCAGCAAACUGUUUGAACUCGAUGUGUGACCAGGGGACAGGUAUAUGUGAAAAUUGGAAAACAGAAAUGGUUACACACCAAUCAGCGUCUGGCGAAGACACAACUAUUACUCAGGAGAUGGACGUCAUACAAGAUUGGAAAAAGCAAAUUACUACACACAACAUCGCCUCUGAUGAAGAGACAUAUAUUACUAAGGGAAUUGACGUGAGACAAGGUAUACUCUAACAUCUUAUAACCAGCAUGACAAUACUCUAUUAGUAUGCAGUGAAUUGUUUGCUGAAGAAUAGUAUUAUACUCUUGCGUACGUAAUACAAUCCAGCAUGCAGUAUUGUACGUCAAUAUUAUUUGGAAAUGUAUAUGUUGUAUGAGUAAUGUGAAAAUACAUGAAAAUAACUUAUUUCUUCAAAUGUUGGG